UGACGUAAAAAGACUUCCUCUUUGCUUCUUCCAUCGAUUGUUGUUCUUAAAAUGGCGCCGUUGGACCUAGAUAAGUAUGUGGAAAUUGCGAGACAGUGCAAAUACCUUCCAGAGAACGACUUAAAGAGAUUGUGUGACUAUGUAUGUGACCUGCUGCUUGAAGAAUCAAAUGUACAGCCAGUAUCCUCUCCAGUCACUGUAUGUGGGGAUAUUCACGGACAGUUUUAUGACCUAUGUGAACUCUUCAGAACUGGGGGCCAAGUACCAGACACAAAUUACAUUUUCAUGGGUGACUUUGUAGACCGAGGAUACUACAGCUUAGAAACGUUCACAUAUUUGCUAGCACUUAAAGCAAAGUGGCCUGACCGCAUCACACUGUUGCGUGGCAAUCACGAGAGCAGGCAGAUCACACAAGUCUAUGGCUUUUAUGAUGAGUGCCAAACGAAAUAUGGAAAUGCUAAUGCCUGGCGAUACUGUACUAAAGUGUUUGACAUGCUGACUGUUGCUGCUUUGAUAGAUGAGCAAAUCCUUUGUGUACAUGGUGGCCUUUCACCUGACAUCAAAACACUGGACCAGAUACGCACCAUUGAACGCAACCAGGAAAUCCCUCACAAGGGAGCAUUUUGUGAUCUUGUCUGGUCCGAUCCAGAGGAUGUGGACACCUGGGCUAUCAGCCCAAGGGGUGCUGGGUGGCUGUUUGGUGCUAAGGUUACCAAUGAGUUUGUUCACAUCAACAACUUGAAGUUGAUUUGCCGUGCACAUCAGUUGGUUCAUGAGGGCUACAAAUUCAUGUUUGACGAGAAGCUGGUGACCGUCUGGUCGGCCCCAAACUACUGCUACCGCUGCGGUAACAUUGCCUCCAUCAUGGUCUUCAAAGAUGUGAACACACGGGAGCCCAAGUUAUUCCGGGCCGUUCCUGACUCUGAAAGGGUCAUACCACCUAGAACGACAACACCCUAUUUCCUCUGAGGUCUUCAUUGUCACCUGCGUCCAGCCCUCUUCUUUUCGUUGUUCUGUCAAGAGCACUUUUAUGGUCUUUAAUUUCUCUGCUGCCUUGGUUUUAAAAAUUUUUUUUUUUUACUUAACAAAUAUUUUUUGUAAAGAUCGAAGUGCUCUCCAGAAUAACAACCGUAAACUACGUUCAGGAUUAUGGACUCUUUUGAUUGUUCAAGUUGGUCAUUAUUUGGUCAGUACAAUCUUGUUAAUGUGAGCAUGUAACCGUAAAUAAGUGGACAUCCUCAUGCUGUUCUAAAGCCACUCUUCUUACAGGGCUUUAAAUUUAGAUCUAACAGCCAUUGACUAUCUUAUGACAAAAAUGUAUGGUGUAACAUCUCACCUGAUCAGAACAAUGUGGUGUUUGUGUUUUUCAGAGAUCAGAUCAGAAAGAGAGUCACUGACACAACUAGGUCCUGGUCAGUCUGCUCCUAAUUUCUCCAAAACAAAGACACUGUUCUUUUUUGAAGCUUUCAAGUGUAGAAAAGGGUUGAGGCAAUGACCCGACAACAGGACAAAGAAGGCUGUGAUUAUUUUGUACAUUAAUAUAAUUGUAUUGAUUUAAUCUUCUUUUUCUCAGAUUUGUUGUAUUUUAUUAUUGUAGAAGACGGCAGCCCAUUUACCAAUUAAAUAUUGAAAAUAAACGCCUUUAUUGUUAAGUUACA